AUGACGAGUGAUCGUGAACGUAGUCGUCACUGCAGCACAGAGAAACAUCGAAGUCGCAGCCGUGAUAGGUAUCGUAGCGGCAGUCGUAAGCGUCGUAGUCGAAGCCGAGACAAACAACGUAGUGGAAGUCGAGAUAGACAUCGUAGUCUAAGUCGAGAUAAACAUCGCAGUCGAAGCCGUGAUAAACAUCGUAGUCGAAGUGGAGAUAAACAUCGUAGUCGAAGUCGAGAUAGACAUCGUAGUCUAAGUCGAGAUAAACAUCGCAGUCGAAGCCGUGAUCAACAUCGUAGUCGAAGUCGAGAUAAACAUCGUAGUCGAAGCCGUAAUAGAUAUCAUAGUCGAAGUCGAGAUAGACAUCGUAGUCUAAGUCGAGAUAAACAUCGCAGUCGAAGCCGUGAUAAACAUCGUAGUCGAAGUGGAGAUAAACAUCGUAGUCGAAGUCGAGAUAGACAUCGUAGUCUAAGUCGAGAUAAACAUCGCAGUCGAAGCCGUGAUCAACAUCGUAGUCGAAGUCGAGAUAAACAUCGUAGUCGAAGCCGUAAUAGAUAUCAUAGUCGAAGUCGAGAUAAACAUCGUAGUCGAAGUCGAGAUAAACAUCGUAGUCGAAGCCGUGAUAGACAUUGUAGUAGAAGCCGGGACAAAAUUAAACGAGAACCCAGUAGCGACCGUCACAGGAAUCGAAGCAAGGAACGGCGUACUGAGAACAACAUAACCAGUCACAAAGAGGACAGUAGAGAAAAUGUACCACAGUAUCACAGUCAUGAACGUGGUCGUAGCUCUUACAGAGACUUCAAUAGUGAUUUUGGUGGGCUCGGUGGAGGUCUAGGCAGUUGUGGACCUGGACCAAAAGGCAGAUACAAACCACAAGAGGAGGAGUUCUUAGAUGCAAGACGUGAGGAAAGGGAGAGAAUAGGACAAAUUGGUGUUUCCUCAGUUUGGGGAAAGUCACCUUUAAGACCUGAUUCUGAUGAAGAGCCUUCACAACCAAGUAACUCUGAAAAGAAGAAAGAGAAGAAAAAGUCCAAGAAGUCGAAGGACAAAGAGGACACAAAACAAAAAUUAAAAAAGCUAAAAAAGAAAUUAAAAAAAGUGAAAAAAGCACGUAAAAAAGCUAAGAAGAAGAAAUCAAAGAGUUCCAGUAGUGAAGAGGAAAUCUGGGUGGAGAAAGGAAAGGAGCAUGAAAUAGAAACCGUUUCACAAUCGCGUACAGCGAGCAAGAAAGACGAAGAUCUGUGUGCGGAUACUGUGGGUCCAGUGCCACGUAGUGCUGGCGUUCUGGGUGCGAAGGACUUCGGUCGCGCGUUGUUACCCGGCGAGGGAGCUGCCAUGGCGGCGUUCGUGGCGGAGGGCAAGAGGAUCCCUCGCCGUGGAGAGAUCGGACUCACCUCCGAGGAGAUCGCUUCUUACGAAGCAGUUGGAUACGUCAUGAGUGGCAGCAGACACCGGCGUAUGGAGGCUGUGCGUAUCCGCAAAGAGAACCAGAUCUACUCUGCGGACGAAAAGCGAGCGCUGGCCGCCUUCAGCAAGGAGGAACGCGCAAAGCGGGAGAACGCGAUAUUGGCGCAGUUCCGCGAUGUUCUGCAGGCGCGCAAGCAGAGGCGGGACAACACUUAG